AUGUUGGGAUCUAUGCUAAGUGCUUUCAUGCUAGCAGUAAAUUUACUUUCACGUGGAGGCAAUAAUGUUUGGAAACAAUCCAACGUUCGGUCUCUGGGUUGUUAUUCGCCGUUCGAUCUUCAAGCGGUUGUUACUAAUGGGGCUGGUUCCAACGAAAUUGGAUUUUCCGCUUGCUUCAUGUGCUACACGAACUUUAUUUUGAUUAGAGGUGUUCAGUGCAUGUGCAUCGACGACAGAACAAUUAAUGAACUGAUUCCUGUCGAUGAAACUUAUUGCGACAUUCUUUGCGAUGAAAUCUCUCAGCCAAGCAACAACGAAACUUUCAUGUGUGGUGGCAACCUCGGGGCUAAUUUUUACUGCAACAGGCAGGCUGGCAGCAUUUGCCUUGAUGCAAAUCCAAAUCAAUCAGAAAAUAUAUAUCGCGAUUUUGACGCUGACGACGAAGAUGAUUUCCAGUUAAUGUUGCCUUGUUUGGAUUUGGGAUGUGGCCGGCCUGAAACCGAGGACAGAAUCAACCUUGUGUAUGCUGAAUACUUUCCCAACUUGAAUCCCGAAGAUUGCAUAAUCUACUGUACGUACGUUAAAACUUCUUACGCCCACGCCGGAUGGAUCUCAUCUAACAAUCAAAUGUACCCGACAUGCGUCUGUUCUAACGCCACGCGGCAGCCACACCCAACUGAUCCGCCAUGUGCAGAAGGAACAUGCCCGCCUCCUCUGAACCCAGUCAGAUUAAUUGCUGGUGAUGCCAAUGACCGACAGGCACAGUCUUGUGGAAACCUGGAUGCUGCAUACCCUAAUUGGUCCGUCUUCUGUACGACAACAGUCGUCAGACCAGUGAACGGGACGCCUUAUUGCGCUGCUUUUCAGACGCCGUAUAACAGUUCGUGGGACGUAUGUCCUGUUUCAGCUACUUCAACCCAAAAGACCAGCUCUUUGUCGUUAACAACGCCAGCAUCACAAAAUAACAAAUGCCAGUCGCGUAACAAGUCGCAAUUCAAGGAAGUGCCCAAAAAACUAUGGGGAGGAAACUUUGUUGGCAAUGGCAACUGCGCAAACCAUAGCCGCCUUUACAAUGGAUCAUGUUAUUACACAGGAUCACUCUCUGAUAAUGAUAUGGAGAACGUGGACGAUUGGAGAAACGCUUCUGCCAAAUAUUGCAAUGAAAUAUACGAUGGACAUUUGUUGGCCCUUGAAACGGAAGAUGAAAAGAAUUUUGUUGCUGACGAAUUUUUAUUGUCUAAUUUGGGAGAAGACGGGACCAUGCGUCCUUUUUUAACAAGCGGUAUGAAGACUAGUGCAUCCACGGAGUUUUGGAGUUUGCCCAAUGAUGUUCAAAUUCAGAUUGCUAAUGUGAGCAAUUGGGGCGUCGAAUUGGUGAACUGCGCAGACAAUUAUCCCUCCUACUUGGUCCUAUAUUACGAAAUGGAAACCCAAGAUUAUGGCAGCUGGCAAUUCACCCGGGAUGAAUCGAGUCGCCAUUUCGUUUGUGAGUACAUCGAACCCGAAGACGUCGAAACAACAUCUCCGUCGACGACAUCACUGUCAACACCAACAACAUCAACUUCCACGACGACACCAACAACGUCAACUUCUACGACGACACCAACAACGUCAACUUCCACGACGACACCAACAACGUCAACUUCCACGACGACACCAACAACGCCAACUUCCACGACGACACCAACAACGUCAACUUCCACGACGACACCAACAACGUCAACUUCCACGAUGACACCAACAACGUCCACUACGACAAUAGCACCGACUACUUUACUUUCGACGCUGUCUUUAACGCCGAUCUUGUCUACGGUUUCCACCCUAGAAACAUCAUCAACGACUCCCUCCUCUUCAAGCACUGAAGAAACGACAGCAGAGUCUACCAUUAGCAGUUCAACUUCUGCGCCAACGACAUUUGAGACAACAAGUGACAAUAUACCUUCGUCAACGACCAAACCAACUUUAGUGCCAGAAUCAAAUCACAAAAGUUGUCCGUGUGUCGCAACCGAUAUGUACCACGUUAACUGGACAAUACGAGCCAACACUACCAAGACUCAAACGUGCCGACCCGGUGCUCAAGGCACGGCUUCAUGGUCGUGUGACUUGAUCGCUAACCAAUGUAGCCUACGCACUAAACAACCAAAUUUUGACGAUUGUCAGAGCCAGGAGCUUCAAGAAAUUGCAGACGAGAUAGCUGACUACGACACUGAGCUGAACACGGUGUGGGAGAACCUGCUCGAUUUCACUCAACCAAAUGAUACCUAUUUCGGUCAUGAAAUUGAUUACAUUCUUGGCUUGGUUACUGACCUCCUCGAUCGACAGGACGAACAAAUGAAUGACACCAGUAAUCACCUCGAGUUCCAGAUCAAUACCACUCAAAGCGGAGUGCGUAUUUUGAACAACCUUAUCUCUCAUGACCUGCAGUGGGAACAGCUAGACCAGAGUAAUCGUUCUCAAUCGGCAUUGCUUUUGUUGAACGUUUCGGAAGACAUGUCAUUCCGGCUGGCGGAUGUGGCUGAGAUGGAUAACCUAUCUUUACGCUGUGAAAUACAGUUAACCAACCUAACUUUCAGUUCAUCUUAUUGGGACGGUGGUCCAAAAGAAGUUUAUGAUUGCUAUCUGAAUGCAGUAACAGCAUCGGAAGUCUUCCUCCAAUUUCCUUCUUCAAGUCAGUUUAACUCCGACUCGACUUAUCUUCUUUUGCCUGAAGAAGCCGUCGCAGUUGGUCGCAGGCACAAAGCUGCUGGUCUCCUUAUCUCUCACUCUAUUCUACAGCAACUUCUACCUGGCCAGAAUAGUGUGGCAGGUGACCAGAAACAAAUCAACAGUCCUCUUAUCAGUUACUCUCUGCGUAACGAUGAGACCGAUGAAGAAAACGUGUCGAACGUGUCGACAAAUAUCCCUGAGGGAACGUUUGUUCAAUUUGUCUAUCAACAUGCCAAAGAGGCAAAAGAUCCACCUGUUCGAAUUCUUCACCGCGAUCUGGAUCCGGGUGAAACACCCAGCCCCGUCAUAGGAUCCGCAUUUUGUGCUUUUCUUUCCUACCAUGCCUCAAGUUUUAAUGUCGAUGGAACAACAUGGAUUUGGGAUGGUCAAGGUUGCACAUUGGAAUCGACUAAUCGUACGCACACGCUUUGUAAAUGCAGUCACUUGACUGGUUUCUCCGCCUUGAUGGAUUUCCAUGAGUACACGGGUGAAUCUCGCCCGCUGGAAAUUACUAGUUUUACGUGUAGUUUGGCAUCUGCGAUAUCCUUGGCCAUUACUUUUACAGUUCUUACCGUUCUCAGAUCAAUAAAGACGGACCGCACUGUCAUCACACAAAACUUGUGCGUUUUUCUGAUGGUAUCCCACAUUUUGGCUCUGACUACCUUAGAUCGACAUUACCUGAAAUUGGAUGAUGUGACCUGUGCCAUUAUGGGUGUUCUGCUCCAUUUUUCUCUACUCGUUUCCUUCAUGUGGAUGGGUAUCGAGGGAGUCCGCCUAUGCCGUAUGGUUGUCUAUGUUUUCAAUCUGUGUGAUUGGACUUUUUACUACGUGCUAGCAGCAAAUUUGGUUCCAUCCAUUAUCGUCGGCACCACUUUGUUUGUGGCUCACUUUACAACGGGAAUCAUACCGGCCUAUGCUGGAGACGAAACGUGCUGGUUGAAUGGAGAAAACUACAAAUGGAGCUUUGCUGGCCCUAUAGCCGUCAUAAUCAUCGCUAAUAUGGUAUUUGCCAUCAUUGCCGUCCGUUCUUCGUGGAACUUGAAGCAAAAUAUUGACCGUUCCAUUGAGGAGAAGAUAAGAAAUGCUGCGGCUCUAUCGCUGUCACUGACUUGUUUGCUCGGGAUUUCCUGGUUGAGCGGAUUUCUACUCUACACGGAGACACUAGUGUUUGCUUACAUUUUCACCAUUACCAAUGGUCUACAGGGAGUAACAAUAAUGCUGUUUCGAUGUAUCUUGAACGAUGAAGUCCGUAAUGCCAUCAAAGAGCGCUGGAGACGCCAUAGGGACAACCGGAUGGGUAAAUGGUCAUCCACAAUGACGAACAACACCAAUUCGCAGCGCCGACAAUCAGUCGUCGGCCCUGAAAGCAAAUCAGGAACUAACAGGAAACUCACGCAAACCAACAGUCGAUUGUCUAACUUAUCAAAUGCCACUAAGACCACCGAAACGACAAUUGUCCCUAACAACCGUCUCCCCGAACGAAUGCAACGAAGAAACCUUCGUACUUUCUCAGGAAGCGAAUUCUCGGAAACUGAGUACAGUUCUGGGACGCGUGGGUCUUUCAGCAGUACGGGAUCGUACCGUCCUAACAGUUCGGAAAAACAAGAACCAAUAACUGUUAACAAUGGCGUUCGUGAAUCACGCCGAGUAAGCUUUUUGGUUCAGGAUCCAACAUUACCUUCUACCUCCCUUUCUUCUGGCUUUUACCAAGUGAAUCCAAAUAAUUUAUCGGACAACACAUCAGUGGUCAGUAGAAGACCAGGACAUCUAAUGUUUCUCGAACAGGAUCCAUCCGCUUUCUUUUGACAGACUACGGAAUAUAAAAGAUAGGCUUCAUGGUCAUCACUGUUGGUUACAUUUUAAAAAAAUAUUUUCGACAAAGUUUGAUGUUCGUCGGGACAAAGAUGUCAUCUGAUUUCUUGCCCUACAGGCCGGCAUCAACAACCGUAAAACCAAAAAAAAAAAAAUGAUUUAAAAGAAGGACAAUGGCCUGGACUUAACUCUGGGAGUUAUGCUUGUCUUGUUUCAUAAUCAACGCAAUGUAUAUAACAUUAUGCUACCGUUUUGAUACUUAUACACUAUAGGCUUUAUGUUACCGUAUUUUUCUUGCUUCCUCUUGGCUGUUGAUCUUUACUGCCGUAGCUACUCGUUGACGUGUCUUUACCGAAUUUUUAAAAUAGAACAUACACAAUACGUGAAGCCAUGUACGUCUUUUUCCGUGUUGGUGAUAUAAUCUAAGAUGAGCUGAAAUGUCUGUAAAUGCCGCUAUAAGCCUGUAAAAAAUGACAGCUGAUUUUUGCUCAUUA